CGCCCCCGCCGCCCGCGGGUAUUAAUAGCCGAGCGUCCCCGCCGCACGCGCAGCCGGAGCCGCCGCGCCCUCGGCCGCCGGGAACUCGGAGCUGCGGAGCCCGGAGGCCGGGAGUGGGAGCCGGAGCCGCCUGCGCCGUGGAGGUAUCAUAUAAUCUGCUCUCAUCAUGGGAGAAAUAGAGCAGAGGCCAACUCCAGGAUCGAGACUGGGGGCCCCGGAGAAUUCGGGGAUCAGUACCUUGGAACAUGGACAGAAGCCUCCCCCCACGCCUUCAGGAAAACUCAUGUCCGUCAGAAUCCAGAUGCUGGAUGACACCCAGGAGGCCUUUGAAGUUCCGCAAAGAGCCCCCGGGAGAGCGCUGCUGGAUGCGGUGUGCAGCCGCCUCAACCUCGUGGAAGGAGACUAUUUUGGCCUCGAGUUUCCCGACCACAAGAAGAUCACGGUGUGGCUGGAUCUCUUAAAACCUAUUGUCAAGCAGAUUAGAAGGCCAAAGCAUGUCGUUGUUAAGUUUGUGGUGAAAUUCUUUCCACCUGACCACACACAACUCCAAGAAGAACUCACAAGGUACCUAUUUGCUCUGCAGGUGAAGCAGGACCUGGCUCAAGGCAGGCUGACGUGUAGUGACACCAGCGCUGCCCUCUUGAUCUCACACAUUGUGCAAUCUGAGAUUGGGGAUUUUGAUGAAGCAUCGGACAGAGAGCAUUUAGCGAAAAAUAAGUACAUACCUCAGCAAGAUGCAUUAGAAGACAAAAUUGUGGAAUUCCACCAUAACCACAUUGGACAAACACCAGCAGAAUCGGAUUUCCAGCUCCUGGAGAUCGCCCGCAGGCUGGAGAUGUACGGCAUCCGAUUGCACCCAGCUAAGGACCGGGAAGGCACUAAGAUCAACCUGGCUGUGGCCAACACCGGGAUUCUAGUGUUUCAGGGUUUUACGAAGAUCAAUGCCUUCAACUGGGCAAAGGUGCGGAAGCUGAGCUUCAAGAGGAAGCGCUUUCUCAUCAAGCUCCGCCCAGAUGUGAACAGCUCAUACCAGGAUACCUUGGAAUUCCUAAUGGCCAGUCGGGAUUUUUGCAAAUCCUUCUGGAAAAUCUGUGUUGAACAUCAUGCCUUUUUUAGACUUUUUGAAGAGCCCAAACCAAAGCCAAAGCCUGUUCUCUUUAGCCGAGGGUCAUCAUUUCGGUUCAGUGGCCGGACUCAGAAGCAGAUUCUCGACUAUGUUAAAGAAGGAGGACAUAAGAAGGUGCAGUUUGAAAGAUGGAGACGUGGCAGCUCAAAGAUGUUGAGUAACUCGCCCAGGUCUCAGAGCUGGAAACACAGCAAGAUUCAUUCCAUCGGAAGCCUUGCUACGCAGCCUACAGAGCUGAACUCAGAAGUGCCAAAACAAGCUCAGCAGAGUGCCAGCCUUACCUUUGGAGAAGGUGCUGCGUCCCCGGGCGGCCAGAGCUGCCAGCCGGGAAGGGACCCGACCGCUUCGGCCGAGGAGCGCGGGCCACAGCGCAACCCCACUCCGCAGAGGAGCCCGGCGGGGAGCACGAAGGCAGACGGGGCCGGCAGGGCGGAGACGGAGGAAGAGGAGGAGGUCGUUACGGACAGGACCCAGCAGAGUAGACCUCGGCCCCCGCAGCCAAGCACAGGCUCCCUGACUGGCAGCCCCCACCUUUCAGAGCUGUCCAUCAACUCGCAGGGCGGAGCCACCAACACCGUCCUGUCACCCAACCUGAGCCCCGACGCCAAGCAGGCCUCCCCCUUGGUCAGCCCGCUGCUGAAUGACCAGGUGGGCCCUCGGACUGACGACGAGGACGACGGCCGGAGAAAGAGAUUCCCAACUGACAAAGCGUACUUCAUCGCUAAGGAAGUCUCCACCACUGAGAGAACGUACCUGAAGGAUCUUGAAGUCAUCACUUCGUGGUUUCAGAGCACAGUAAGCAAAGAGGACUCCAUGCCCGAAACCUUGAAAAGUCUCAUUUUCCCGAAUUUUGAACCUUUGCACAAAUUUCAUACAAAUUUUCUCAAGGAAAUUGAACAACGACUCGCCCUGUGGGAAGGCCGCUCGAAUGCUCACAUCAGAGGAGAUUACCAAAGAAUUGGAGAUGUGAUGCUGAAGAACAUUCAGGGCAUGAAGCAACUGGCGGCGCAUCUGUGGAAGCACAGCGAGGCUCUGGAGGCGCUGGAGACCGGCAUCCGGGGCUCCCGGCGGCUGGAGAGCUUGUGCCGAGACUUCGAGCUGCAGAAGGUGUGCUACCUGUCGCUCAACACCUUCCUCCUGCGCCCGCUGCACCGGCUCAUGCACUACAAGCAGGUCCUAGAGCGGCUGUGCAAGCACCACCCGCCCAGCCACGCCGACUUCAGGGACUGCCGAGCUGCUUUGGCAGAGAUCACGGAAAUGGUGGCCCAGCUUCACGGUACAAUGAUCAAGAUGGAGAAUUUCCAGAAGCUGCAUGAACUCAAGAAAGAUUUGAUUGGCGUUGACAAUCUUGUGAUUCCAGGAAGGGAAUUCAUCCGCCUGGGCAGCCUCAGCAAGCUCUCCGGGAAGGGGCUCCAGCAGCGCAUGUUCUUCCUGUUCAACGACGUCUUGCUGUACACGAGCAGGGGGCUGACGGCCUCGAAUCAGUUUAAAGUUCACGGGCAGCUCCCGCUCUACGGCAUGACCAUGGAGGAAAGUGAGGACGAGUGGGGCGUGCCCCACUGCCUCACCCUGCGGGGCCAGCGCCAGUCCAUCGUCGUGGCUGCCAGUUCUCGGUCCGAGAUGGAAAAGUGGGUGGAGGACAUACAGAUGGCCAUUGACUUGGCCGAGAAAAGCAGCGGCCCCGCCCCCGAGUUCCUGGCCAGCAGCCCUCCUGACAGCAAGUCCCCGGAGGAGGCGGCGGGCGACCAGGAGUCGGAGGACGACCUCAGCGCCUCGCGCACCUCGUUGGAGCGCCAGGCCCCGCACCGCGGCAACACCAUGGUGCACGUGUGCUGGCACCGCAACACCAGCGUCUCCAUGGUGGACUUCAGCGUGGCCGUGGAGAUGGAUGGAGGUGAUCCGAAGUGCCACCAGCUCGGCCUCCCGUGCCCACGUUCUGAGUCACAAAGAAUCUCACGUGUAUUGAUGGCAGGACGGGACACAUGUGUUGAUUGUUUCAGCAGUGGCGACUUUCCCGGAAGACAUUUUCUUUCUUCUGUAUUAAUGAAGCCUAGUAAAAUUAACACCUGUCUGUCUGGAAAACAAAAUACAUGGUUUCACAGCGACUCUCAUCUGUCUCCACAGAACCAUUUUAAACCUUGUCUUUGCAGCUGUUAAUUUCUCAUCGGAACGGGACCGCACCCCUGCCUUCAACGCGGGUGGCGUCUCGGCCGUCAUGCCCUCGGUGGGCUGUCUUCAGCUUGUGCCAGUAUUAAAACAUUGUCACGGAUAGAGUGCCGAAUGACAUUUUUUCCCUCCGCAACUGCACCUUAAAGUCAGUACAAACAAACACAUCCAUGCAACCAAAAGACAGGGCAAGGGCUCUUUUUUUAAAAAGAUGAUGAUUGAUAAACUUUUAUGAUUUUGAUUUCUAGGCUGCUGCAUUUUACAAAAUGGAUUUUCCAUUGUUUGUUUGUUUGCGAUACACUUGGCAGUCUUAAGCAAAUGAGAUCAUUUUCAGAUUUUUUUUUUCUCACUCUUUCUACUUUUAUAAUGAUUGAUAGAAAAUUAGUAGGAUUUACUUUUUUGAUAAACGAGCAGUUUGCAGCAUCCUGUGUUGCACUGGGGGCUGCCGGCUCCAGUGAAACGCUGGUUCCCAGACCUAUUUCUUGGCACAAGUUGACCAAAUUGUUUAAGCGAUGACUAUUUACAAAGUGUAGCAGGUUGUUUUCUGUUAAGAGAAGCGGAAAUCCAGUGCGCUCUCUGGACUGUCGGUGUACUGAGUGGCGUAUCCGAUGGGAGGGUAGUAAGCUGUGGUGUUUUGCUGUAUGUUUCACAAGCAUGAGAACCUGUAUGUCAGUGACCAGGGCCAUUUGUGCUGUGUUACGUUGUGGAGCGUGUCUGAGCUUCCCGUGGAGGCAGGAGCUCUUGAGUCACAGUGUGUCGUCCCCUGGCUCCCGUGAUCAGACCUGUAUCCUACUGCAACUGUGGUUUGGAACUGCACACUCAAUAGUGGUAUAUAUAUCGUGCCUGUCGUCACAAACCAUUCUUUUCUCCUUUUUAUACUCACCCCCCCACCCCGCCAAACCCCCCACCCCCAGCCUGGGGUAUGGACAUAUGACACUGCACAUCCUUGAUAGUCGGACAACACAGGGAACAGGGUUCCAGUAACUGCUGGGGCCCACAAGUCAAAAUGCGUUUGCCUGUUCUCCAUGGGGCUCGGGUGGCUGCCAUUCCCUCAGUGUUGUUAAGUCCUUUUCCGAUGCCGCCCCCAGAGGGGGCGACCCAUCCACCACGGUUCCCUUCCAGCGCCCCACACCACAGCUGGGGGCCCUCACCUAAGACACCCAGGACCACCCCGACUGGGGGGCUGUGACCAGCGUACGUGGAAACACAAAUGGACGACGAGUAGCUCGAGAUGUGUGUGAAUCAUUUGCCUUACAGUCUGUACAGACGGUUUUAAGUACUAACAAAAGGGAAUAAAAAUACCUCAUGCCACAAUCCAGCAUCCUGAAGUUUUAAGGCAAAA